GAGGGAGAAGAGAGAAGAGAGAAGAGAGAAGCAGGUUUCGGGUUACAACAACGCAUACCACUGUAAUAACACCGAAAUACACUAAAAUACAAGCGGACCGGCCGUUUUGGACCACGGAGAGACUCGACCUCCGCCUCGGCCGCACUCGGCACCGCCGGAGGGACACUGACGGCGGCGCGCUGUGGACUGUAACCCGGAGUUUUGCGUGGAAAUGCUUUCUCCUCUUUUCCGUGGUAUGUGGAUCUGGGAGCGACCAUGUUAGGCAGGUGAUAAAGGAGAACGCCGGCUGCCCUGUCCCAGCUUGAAGAGGACCUUGGAUAGAACGCAAGAGACGCACACACAGGCAAAAGAAGGAUAAGGAUUCACCACUACCGAGGGAAAACCACGAUGCCUCUGCGCCGCGGAGCAAUAGAACUGGAAUGAUAUCUUGACCUUUUCUCCUAGAAGUGACCAAGUUAGAGAUGAGCGGGGGGAUAUAAUGGCCAAGAACAAGGAUGCUCGUCCCCCUACGUUCGCCGUCAGCGUGGUUGGCCUCUCGGGGACGGAGAAGGAGAAGGGCAACUGUGGCGUGGGCAAGUCCUGCCUAUGCAACCGGUAUGUGCGUCCCGAUGCGGACAGCUACUACUCGGAGCACACCUCGGUGCUGAGCACAAUAGACUUUGGAGGCCGCGUGGUCAACAAUGACCACUUCCUGUACUGGGGGGAGGUUCUUCAUCGCGGCGAUGAUGGGGUGGAGUGUAAAAUCCAAGUCAUCGAGCAAACAGAGUUUAUUGAUGACCAGACAUUCCUCCCACACCGGAGCACCAACCUGCAGCCGUACACCAAACGAGCGGCGGCGACCAAGCUCCAGUCGGCAGAGAAACUCAUGUAUAUUUGCACCGACCAGUUAGGCUUAGAACAGGAUUUUGACCAGAAGCAGAUGCCUGAUGGGAAACUGAACAUUGACGGCUUUGUGCUCUGCAUUGACGUCAGCAAGGGUUGCAACAGGAAAUUUGACGACCAGAUGAAGUUUGUCAACAGCCUGUACUCGCAGAUCGCUAAGUCGAAAAAGCCCAUUGUUGUAGCCGCCACUAAGUGUGACGAGUGCGUGGACCAGCACCUGAGGGACCUGCAGGCCUUCACAGCCAACAAGAAGAACCUGCAGGUCAUUGAGACGUCAUCACGCUCCAGCAUCAACGUGGAGAUCUGCUUCAACACGCUGAUCCAGCAGCUGGACAAGACACGGGGGAAGCCCAAAACUGUGCCAUAUUUGGAGGCCUACAAAAUCCAGCGGCAGCUGGUUGCUGCGGUAACAGACAGAUUUGAGAAGCUGAUGGUGCAAACGGUGAGGGAUUAUCACACCACAUGGAAAACGGUGAUAAGUACUCUGAAGGGCCAAUCUGACUAUGAGGAGUUCAUCACUUUGGAGGGCACGAAGAAAGCCCGCAACAUGUUCAACAAGCACAUUGCACAGCUGAAACAGGAGCACAUCAAGAGGAGGAGGGAAGAGUAUCUGACGACACUGCCGAAAACCCUUAACAACCUCCUCAACAACCUGGAGGAGGUGGAGAACCUCUCCUGGCCCGAGGCACAGAGUCUGAUCCGGAGCCGGCCCGAUUUCCAGUACUGGUUUGUGAUUCUGGAACACACGCCGUGGGAUGAGACGGACCACAUCGACAAUAAUGACCGCAGAGUGCCCUUUGACCUCCUGGAUACACCUGACGGUGAGAGGAUUUACCUGAACCAUGUUCAGCACCUGUUCUCGGAGAAGAGGAGGGUGGAGAUGAAAGAGAGGUUUAAAAAGACGCUAGAGAGGGUUCACUUUAUCAGCCCGGGGCAGCCGUGGGAGGAAGUCAUGUGCUUUGUCAUGGAGGACGAGGCCUACAAAUACAUAACAGAAUCAGAUAGAAGGGAUGUUUACAGCAGGCACCAGCAGGAAAUAGUUGAAAGGGCCAAAGAGGAGUUUCAGGAAAUGCUUUUCGAGCAUGCUGAGCUAUUCUAUGACUUGGAUCUGAAUGCCACGCCCAGCUGCGACAAGAUGAGCGAAAUCCACAGCGUGCUGAAUGAGGAGCCCAGAUACAGAGCGCUGCAGAAACUUGCCCCAGAUAGAGAGUCCCUCCUUCUCAAACACAUUGGUUUUGUUUACCAUCCCACUAAGGAGACAUGCCUGAGCGGGCAGAGCUGUGUGGAUCUGAAAGUGGAGCAGGUUUUAGCCAACAGACUGGUGCAGCUCGACCACGGGCGCUCUAAUCUCUACUAUAACAGUGCCAACAUUGAUAAGAUCAACCUCUGCCUCCUGGGGAGGGAGGGCCUCGCUCAGGAGCUAGCCAAUGAGAUUAGAGCUCAGUCCACAGACGACGAGUACACCCUGGAUGGUAAAAUCUAUGAGCUGGAGCUUCUUCCUGUGGAUGUGAACUCCACGCUGCUGUUCAGCCACACGUGGGUUUCCACUUUCAAACCACAUGGCUGCUUCUGCGUGUUCAACUCCAUUGAAUCACUGAACUGCAUUGGGGACUGCAUCGGCAGGAUCAGAGCAGAGAUAGCACAGAACAGGAGGGAUCGGUUUGCUCAGCCGCUGCCAUUCAUCCUGAUUCUGGCCAAUCAGAGAGACAGUGUUUGUAAAAACAUGCCUAUUCUGAGGCACCAGGGCCAGCAGCUGGCUAACAAGCUGCAGUGCACCUUCGUCGACAUCCCCUCAGGCGCCUUUCCACGCAAGUUCAACGAAUUCCAGAUUAAGCAGGGUCUCCGAGCGGUGUUGGAGGGACUGAAGCAUAACUUUGAUGUCCUGAGCCCCCUGCCCUCCAUCAAAGACAUGUCAGAGACGGACCUCAGGAUAGUCAUGUGCGCCAUGUGCUGGGACCCCUUCAGUGUUGACCUCAUCCUCUCGCCGUUCCUCGACUCACACUGCUGCAGCGCCGGCCAGCCGGGCCAGAGCAACACACUCAUACUCGACAAGAUCAUUGGUGACAGCAGGAGGAGGAUCCAGGUCACAGUCCUUUCCUACCACUCCUCCAUCGGCGUCCGCAAAGAUGAACUGGUGCACGGCUACAUUUUGGUCUACUCAGCCAAACGCAAAGCCUCCAUGGCUACCUUGCGGGCGUUUUUGGCUGAGGUCCAGGACGUCAUCCCUGUCCAGAUGGUGGCUAUCACAGACAGUCAGGCCGACUUUUUUGAGAAUGAUUCCAUCAAGGAGCUGAUGACAGAAGGGGAGCACAUUGCCACGGAGAUUGCUGCCAAAUUUACAGCGCUCUACUCACUAUCACAGUACCACCGACAAACCGAGGUGUUCACGCCUUUUUUCAAUGAGGUGCUAGAGAAGAAGCAGAGCAUUGAGAGCUCCUUCCUGUUUGACAGCUCGUCACGGGACUGCAUGACCGGUGCCAGCGAGGAUGUCUUCCCCACCUCGCCGCACAGCCACUCCCCUGCCUACAACCCCUACUACCCAGACUCGGAGGAUGACACUGAGGCCCCGCCCCCUUACAGCCCCAUAGGAGACGAUGUUCAGCUUCUCCCCACGCCCAGCGAACGGGCUAAGUAUCGUAUUGACCUGGAGGGGAACGAGUACCCAGUGCACAGCACGCCCGUCGGCGACCAUGAGCGUAACCACAAAGUGCCUCCACCCGUCCGGCCCAAACCGGUGCUCCCCAAGCCUAAUGUCAAGAAGCUGGACCCCAACCUGCUCAAAACCAUUGAGGCUGGCAUGCGGAGCAACCGCAGGACGCCACGCGGCCCAAUGGCACACUGCGAGGACGUGGAGGCUUCAGACAACUACGCCGACCCGGUGGACACCCUGCUCAAGUCCAAGGGUUUCAACGACGACAUAUACGCCGUCCCCGAGGACACGCACAGCCGCAUGGUCAAAAUAAGGAACUCCUUCGGCGGGCUGCACGUUCUCCACGGAGGAGGAGAGGAAGAGAACGGAUUUGAUCGCAAGUCCCAGGCCGGACGGCGGCCGUCCAAAUAUAAACACCGCUCUAAAAUCCUGUUUAGCAAGACCAAGGCCUACCAGAGGCGCUUCCACUCAGACAGUGACGGCGAGGAGUCGGGCCCCGCCACGCAGAAGAAGAAAAAGGGAAGAGCCCACCGGGGGAGCGAGGAGGACCCACUGCUCUCCCCUGCUGAUCCCUGGAAGGGCGGGAUAGACAACCCAGCCAUCACCUCCGACCCCGAGCAGGAUGAUAAGAAGAUGAAGAAGAAGAAGACACCUAAGACACCGAAGGAGCCGAAGAAGCCGAAAUCUUCCAAGCCCCCGAAGCCUCUGUACCCUCCCACCCGGAGAACGUGGGAGAGCAAUUACUUUGGCGUCCCGCUGCAGAACCUGGUGACCCCGGAGCGGCCCAUCCCCCUCUUCAUCGAGAAGUGUGUCGACUACAUCGAGCGCACUGGGCUGACAACAGAGGGCCUGUAUCGAGUCAGCGGGAACAAGACGGACCAGGACAACAUCCAGAAACAGUUUGAUCAAGAUCACAGUAUAGACUUCGUGGUGAUGGACGUGGCGGUGAACGCCGUCGCCGGAGCGCUGAAGGCUUUCUUCGCCGACCUGCCCGACCCGCUGAUCCCGUACAGCCUGCACCCCGAGCUGGUGGAGGCCGCAAAAAUCGUGGACUACAUGGAGCGUCUGCAGGUGCUGAGGGAGAUCGUGAACAAGUUUCCUCCUGUCAACUACCUGGUCUUCAAAUACAUCAUCACACACCUCAACAGGGUGAGCCAGCAGAGCAAGACCACGCUGAUGACGGCCGACAACCUGUCCAUCUGCUUCUGGCCGACGCUGAUGCGGCCCGACUUCGAGAACAAGGACACGCUGUCGACCACCAAGCUGAACCAGGCCGUCAUCGAGUCCUUCAUCCUGCAGAGCGACUACUUCUUCUACGGCGGCGAGGUGGCCGAGAGCUCCAGCAGCGAGGGGACGCCGCCGCCGCACUGCCACAACAUGGUGGAGGCUCUGCUGCCGCUGCAGCUGCCGCCGCCCCUGCAGCCGCAGCAGAUCCAGCACACCCUGCAGCCCGACCCGCUCUUAUAGGACGGCGAGCGAGAGGGACACCGGAACGCCGCCCAGAUCUCGGUCUUCACUACGGGACGUCGCUCGGAGGUCCUGAUCUGUUCUGCGAAACCUGGUUGGCUGGUAAAAACAAUAAAACUGAACCUGGACGGUGAAUUUUGUGGAAACCUUGUGGCUUGAACAUCAACCUGGCUCACUGUCGGAUUCGCCGCCGAGUGACAUCAUCGAAUUGACUCAAACGUGGCAGACAAGUUUUAGGGAGCGAUGUCUUGCUCAAAGACAUGUGGGCAGUUAACAGGAUCAAACCUGCGACCUUUUGGAUCUCAGGCAGCCUCUGUCUCCACCAGGCCGCCCUGCCGCCGCCCAGCCAGAGAAUUAUUAAUUGAAACCCCCUCCCUCCGCCCCCGCCCCGCCCCGCCCCCCCCAUCCUGUCGGUGUGAGAUUGACUGAUGGCUGUGAGAAUAAAUCCUGGAUUAGAGAAUUACAAUCGAUGCCACUUUCCUGAAUCAGUUUGGAUUUGCGUUGACAAACGAGCCGUCUCACGCGGACGCAGACGGCCGGCGAGCGGCGGUUUGGAUCAGAUCGGAUUCGAUUCACGUUUCUGGCGCACGCAUGGAAACACUAAUCGCUCAGCAGGGGAUUCUGGGACGUGGGCGGGGCUCAGAGAGUUCAUAAAGUAGCCUCCUCUCCUGUCCCAAUGGAAUAGCACACUGGGGUAAAGCAAACCCCAAUAACCCCCCCCACCACCACCACUACAAUGCGCAACAGGCCCCGCCCUCCUGCUUCAGGCCCCACCCCUCCUGUCUCAGGCCCCGCCCCCUGCCCCCUCUGCUGCUCCCGGCCAGGAGAGAAGUGCAACGUCACCAUGACUGCAACGCCCCCUGACUGACUGUUUAACCGACUGAUUAGCUGGUUUACUGACUAACUCGUUAGCUGAUUGGCUGGCUGAUCCACUGACCUGUCAGCUGAUUGGUCAGUCGUUUCAAAGACCCUCAUUAAAUACUUAAAUACGUUUUUCCUGCUCAAUUUUUAUGCAUUUCCUGUUGAAGCAGGACGUUUGGGGGUGGGACAUAACCUGUGGAGCUAUCACUCAAAAGCAUAAACCAAUCGGAGACCACUUUUAUUCGACCGGUGGGGGGGUGGGCGGGACUUCAAAAAUCUGAAGGUUUUCAUUGGUUGAAAUUUUCCUUUUACACCUCCCGGUGCAGUAUGAGGUCACCGCUCGUUUCCAGGAAGCGAAAGCAGCGGGAGUUGAUUGGAUGGGGACUUGAACGACUGACUCGUGAUCUGAUUGGUUAGCGGGGUCAUAACCAGCUCGUUAGCCAUCUGUCUGAUUGACCAAUCAGGUGACAGGAUGGCUUAAUGACUGAAUGGACUCGUCAGCACAGAAAACCGUUUCUUCCUCCCGCGCCGCCCUUCGACCCCUGACCUCUGACCUGCCGGUGACCUCGCCGCGAGGAGGGGGCGGGGCCAGAGCCUUUCUUCCAGCCGCGCCCGCAGCAGAGACGUCGAGGCGGGCGGACACAGCACGGAUUUGCUAACUCGACACCACGCAAACACAAAAAGGAACAAAAAUAUAUUUAUACUAGCGAGUUAUUUUUCAGGGGGGGGAGGGGGGCGUCGCUCUUCUUAUAAAUAAGAAAUGACUGUUGAAUAGAGAAAAAAAAAAUAAAAUGAAAUAACGCCCCCGACACGUCAAGUCAACGUGAACUUUGAACUCGAUGCACGAUUUGUUUCCGAGCUCCCGCGCGCCAAUUCAUUUCUGUGUUUUCUUUCAGUUUGCUUAGUUUAUUUUUUUAUCAUUUUUUUUCUUUGUUUGUUUUCUUUUUCUCUGCAAUCUUUUUUUUUUUUUAAUGAGUCAGAUUUUUACCUGGGGUGUGUGUUCGUGCGUGUGUGUGUGUGUGUGUCUGUACUUGUGCGUGAGCCGAUCUGUGGUCUCUACUCUGUGUUCCCGCCUUCUCCGGAGACGAAGUGGGAGGAAAAGGAAUUUAAAAAGUGAAAAAUGACGAACUCGACGCGAAGAGGCGAAAUCCGAUUCGACGACUGCAAACUGUCUCUUUCUCCUUUUCCUGAUGCAAUUACUGACCCUAUGAAAAUUCCCCCCACCGAUGAUGAUGAUGAUGAUGAUGGCACAUUUGCGAGGAAACCACUACACUGCAAUGCAUCCUGGGUAUCCGUCUCGGUGGAGGCGGAGGCGGCGGCGGCGGCGCGUCCCGCAGCUCCUGCACCUUUACAGAAGACGCUUCCUGACAUUUUUUCCCCUCCUUUUUGUUUUUUUUUUAAUUGUUUUUCUUCUUCUGUUUGUUUGUUGGAACUAAACUUUGCAUGUCUCUGUUUUGCCGCUUAGUGACACACACACAGAAAAAAAAAACAAACUGUAAAGGAGAAAAAAAAAAAAAAAAACAAAGACUUUGAAAUACUUAAUGAGCUCGAGGCGAGCCGCCCUCGUUCACAUCUCUAACUUUGGUUAAGGGGAACAUUUGCAAAUUUCCUCCAUUUGUUUCUUCUUUUUUUUUUUUUUUUUUUUUUUUUUUAUUUGUUUCCGUCAUGCCAGAUGUCAACUCUUAAUAUCAUAUUUUUGGUUAUAUGUCGAAUAGUUUCCCUAAAUAGAGGAAAGAAGUAUAUAUAAGUAUAUAUAUAUAAAUUUAUCAGCAGCUGACGUUGCUGAUUUAGCGAAAUGCCGCUGGGUACUGGACUGUAUAAUCCUGUCAAAAGCUAUAAUCAUAUUUCUUUGUGGUUCUGAUGGUGUAACUGAAACCAUUUUUUUUUUCUAAAUGGGGGAGGGUGGGUUGAAGUUAAAGUCUGGAGGAUUUAAUUUCCUCCUUGGCCCGUCUGGGGAAAAAAAUAAAAUAAAAUAAAAUAAAAAAAUAAAACCCUCAUUGCUUCCUUUGGCACUUUGAGAAGGAACAAUUGUGGUGGAACUGGUUUCGUCUGAGUUUACACAAGAAUCACAAAUCUGGUUUUGGUCACAUUUCACUCCAGCCGUGAAAAAGGAAAAAGGCUCUGGUCUGUGUGUGUGUGUGUGUGUGUGUGCAUGGUUGCACUGUCAAAAACUCAUAAACUCACACAAAUCAGAGACUCCCUCGUUAAAUACAAAUGAUUCAGCUUUAUCAGAAAACGUUUUAACCCCGUCUCGACUGGAUUUCUUGAUCAAAUCUGAGUCGAAAAAAAAA